CACUGGCGUAGGGCCUCCUACAUACAGGACAGGGAGGCUGCUCACUGGUGGGUUAAUGAAUGCCACCUUAGGGUUGCCUUAAAGGCAGGUCUUGGUGAGUAGUGUUUCAGAAAAACUAAAAUGAUCUCUCUUCGUCUUUAUUAGCCAAGUUAGUGGAGAAGCUAGGAAGUCUCACUUCAAAGUAGCGUCUGUUUCAUUUGUUAAAGAGUGAAAUCCUGCCAGCCCAACAUUGACAUGUUGGUCUGUAAAGUUAUAAUGCCGUGGAAUAUUAGUGUUGAUUAUCGUAUCUCUCACCCAUAGUUUGGAUCCUGGACUACUCAACACAGCAUUGAAAAUGGUCCUUUAAAAUGAAUUAAAUCCAGUAUGGCAUUACAGCAGGACACAGACAGUGAACACCAUGUAAAUUUAAAAAAAUCUUUAGGAAAAUGUUCACAACAAUGGUGUUAAAUCCUGGUUUUUAUGUCACUUAAAAGGGUUGUUGUGUGAUUCUGUGAUUGGCCCAAGCUGAUUACAGACGGCUGCUGUGUGGUUCUGUGAUUGGCCCAGGCCGAUUGCAAAGUUGUAGUCAUGUGCGGCGCCAUCUCACGAAAGGGCAGGUGAGAGAGGGAGGGAUGCUGUAUCCAUGGUUACAGGGCUGUGCUCAGUGGCUGAGAGGAAGAGCCACACCUCUGCACCUGCUCCAGACAACACUGGCAUGGACCCCGCCCUAGGAGUGGAACGGGAGUGCGGAAAUCAGAUGGUAAACUCGGGAUGGACCACUGUGGCGUCACCUCACCAGUAAAAAAAAAAACAUAAGAGCAUCAUCAAUCCCAGGGUAGGUGGUGGCAAUUAACAGGACAAGGACAGCUGAUUGGUGGACAUUACUUCCUGGAAUGCUACAGGGCACCUGAAGGUACGUCCACGAAUCACUGUCUCUGGCGGUCUGUUGGCUUUAGUCAGAGUUAUUUCUGAUUGGUGGAGCUCCUCUCUUGUUUUCUGUGUGCAGAGUUUUGCUGCAACUGCCCUGUCCUUGUUUUUAUACAAGUUCACUGCCGGACAGACUUGGAGGAUGUCAGACAUGGAAAACCCUGUGCUGGGAUUGGAUAUCUGUGUUACUGGAAUAGAAGAACGAUGUCUGGGAACAAUCUGCUCACCGUACUGUCCGUACGUCCGUCCAGGGGACUAGUGGAUGAAAAGUUUCAAGUGGUUGUGGAGAAUUUGUUCCCGGGACAAGAAGUCACUCUGCACUCGCAAAUGCGCUCUGACGACGACGACGUCUGGCAUGCUUAUGGACAUUACGUCAGCGAUGAUGAAGGAACCGUCAAAGUUGCAGAGCAUGUGUGUGUUGGAGGGUCAUACGAGGGAAUGGAGCCUAUGGGUCUGCUGUGGAGCAUGAAGCCGGUACCUGGGAGUAGAACAGAAGUCAGGCUGCGGAAGACGGACGUCAGCCAGCCGAUGGUGGUGCACAUCUCUGUGUACCACGGGCACAUCAGCCAGGGGUUCGGCGAGGCCGGGGCCGUGGCGCGUGUGGUCGCGGAGCGCUGGUACAUGGCUCCCGGAGUCCGCCGGCUGGACGUCACGGAGGGCAAGGUCAGAGGGACGCUCUUCCUGCCGCCAGGUCCUGGACCCUUCCCUGCAAUCCUGGACAUGUGGGGAGGGGGUGGGGGGUUGGUGGAGUACCGCUCUGCCCUGCUGGCAUCCCAUGGGUAUGUUUCUCUGGCGCUGGACUACAUGUCACAUAAGACCAUGGCAGACCUCUCUGUAGAGGUUGGAAACCAGUACUUUGAGGCUGCGUUCGCCGUCCUGACGGAGCACCCCCAGGUGUGCCGCGACCGGGUCGCCAUGUAUGGGCUGUCUUUCGGCACCUCGGUCGCCCUGGCGAUGGCCGUGUACUCUCCCGCGGUGCAGCCCAGGUGUCUGGUGUGUGUGAAUGGAAGCCAUGUGCAGCAGGAGUGGGGAUCUCUCAGUGACAUCCUUAAAGAGUUGGCAAAAAACGUCCACAAAACCCGUUACGAUGAGGAGCAGCGAGUGAUCUGGCGUGACCUUCUCCUGCCCAUACCCUCCGACCCCAGCCAGAAGGUGGCUAUGGGGAACUUGCAGUGUCCUCUACUGUUAAUCGUGGGUGAAGAUGAUCAGAACUGGCCAACUCUGGAGUCAGCCAAAGAUAUGGAGAAGAUGAUGGAGGAGGCUGGAAACAGGCACCUGCUGACCGUGCUGUCCUACCCUCGGGCGGGGCACCUGAUCGAGCCGCCCUACACCCCGCACGUCCGCUCCAGCAACUUCAUGAUUGCCCAGUCCAGAAAAAAAGUGCUGGUUCUGUGGGGAGGGGAGGUGGUGGCGCACUCUAGGGCCCAGGAGGACUCCUGGCGCAAAACCUUGGCCUUCCUGCAGCAGCACCUGUAUGGCCCGGACCCGGAAGCUCCCGGGGGCCAGUGACGGGUGCGGGGCGAACACCUCCAUCCAUCCACCGCCCCCCCUCUCCUGCCUGCUCAGCUUUUACCCCAGGAGGGGUGCCAAACUCAGUGCUUUCAGAAACUGCAUUUGAAUUAACAUUUAAAUUUAAUGUAAAUUAAAAAAAAAAAAUUUAUGUCCCCUUAAACUAGUGCAUUAAUGAAAUGUAGCACACAAGUGGAUUUAUGAAGAUGUUGAUCCAUUCCUGCCUGCUUACAUUGACCUGUCAUACGUGAGCCUGCGUGUGAUGGUAUGUUCCAAAUAAACUUGCUACCCUCUCCCUUCA